UGACUUGGCUAGCCAAGCCUGUUGGGAAUGGAAAGAGGAGUGAAUGAGCACGGCUUAGCCCUGUUACGCAGGAUUGUUAGGAAAGCGGGGAACACCCCUCAAUGCCGUGGGAUGCAGCCCAGUGCGCUCGUCAUUACGCUAAAAAAUAAAACACAAACAUUUGAAGUUCUGCAGACCUGCUGGAGCUUCCCCAUGGUCCUGGGGAGCUGUCCCGGGGUGCUGGCAGUGCCCUGGUGGCUGGGGGAGAGGUGUCGGCUUCCCUCCGCGGCAGGACAAGGAAAAUGGGAGCCACUCACCCAGCGUGAGCUCUAAGGCACAGCAAAACAAAGGCCACCGGUCCCACUGCCUUGGACACCUUCCAGUAUGGAUGGCUUGGUUGAGCAGAACAGCGUGCUGAUGCACAGUAAGAUCACUGAGGCUGGGAAAAGGAAUGGUUUAAUUAACACAAGGAACUUAGUGGCAGAGAGCAGAGAUGGUCUGGUCUCUGUGUACCCCACCCCUCAGUACCAGAGCCACAGAGCAGGCAGCCUGUCCUCUCCGAGGCGCCCAGAGAACGGCAGGAGCGACCCCGUGCAGCAGCUCCUGGACCCCAGCAUGCUGCAGCAGACAGUGGAGUCUCACUACAGGCCCAACAUCAUCCUCUACUCCGAGAACGUGCUGCGCUCAUGGGGCGAGAGCCUGGGCUCGGAGUGCUGCGAGACCACCUUCAUCGAGGAGCGCUCGCCCACCAAAGACAGCCUGGAGUACCCCGACAGCAAAUUCAUCGACCUCUCCGCGGACGACAUCAAGAUCCACACCCUCUCCUAUGAGGUGGAGGAAGAGGAGGAUUUCCAGGAACUAGAGAGUGAUUACUCGAGUGACACCGAGAGUGAAGACAACUUCCUGAUGAUGCCACCAAGGGAUCAUCUUGGCCUCACUGUGUUCUCCAUGCUCUGCUGCUUCUGGCCACUGGGAAUUGCUGCCUUUUACCUGUCCCAUGAGACAAACAAAGCAGUAGCCAAGGGGGAUUUCCACCACGCAAGCUCCAGCUCCCGGCGAGCUCUCUUCCUGGCUGUCCUGUCCAUCACAAUCGGAACUGGCAUCUACGUCGGGGUAGCUGUGGCUCUUAUUGCCUACCUGUCAAAAAACAACCAUCUAUGAGCCUCAGGAAAGGGGGAAGAACCAGCCAACCCGGCUCCUGCACUGCAGGAGUCCCCAGCACAUCACACUGCGUGGUUUUCCAAAAACAGACUAACACUUUUGAGGGGGCAGGUACGAGAUGAGAUGGGCUUGUGCAUUGUUGUAGGGUGGGAAGCUGGAGGGGCUGGGGGAAGUUCUGCCAUUUGUGAUGCACAAGUCUUGCUUAUCUUCAUCAACCCCUGUACAAAAAAGGGAAAGAAAGAGCAAAAGAGAGACAAAGAAUGAAAAGAAGAAAAAAUGAAAGGAAGGAAGACGGGGAAAGUGUGGAGAAGGGUGUUUUGCCUUUGCCUUCUUUUCAAUAUGGUGUUUACAAGCAUCUGGCAAACUGAGCUGUUCUCUUAUUACCUUCUUGGUCACCUGAACUUUGCAGCCAGCAUGAGCUUGUGCUUAAUUUGCUUGUUAAGCACGGCACUGAGAUCUGGGAAAGCACGGACAGCUGAAAGAGCAAUAUAAAAACAAGGGGAAGAACAUGGCUUGUUUUGUCUUUUGAAUGCAGGACUCAUUUGCCUGAGUGAAUCAGACACCUCAGUGUAGAGUGGUAUUGCCUACUCUUCUUGUUGGGGGUAGGUUUCCAUGGAAGGAGAAAAGGAAAUUAAAAACAUUUUUACUUCCUUUCCUUGAUUUUGGAUUAAGGUGUGCCCCACAGGCCCACUCAGCGAAGAACAGCUGAGGUUACAACUGCAUGACUCGGCUCUGCAGACAGAGUACAAUUCUGAAGUAAUGUGAGACCCGUUGUAAAAUUAAUUCCUCCAUCCAGUCACAUUGUGAUAACAGCACUUUACUGUGGCAUUAUUGCUCAUCUGGGCUGCUCCACCUUGCCGUGGAGACCUGCACAGCAGUCAGUGCGAGAAACCUGGGGAAAAACGCAAACUGAAACACUAAUAAGUUUUUAAUUAAAAAAAAAAAAAAAUCACGGUAAAGCAUGGGAAUUAACCAGAGAAAGGAAUGCUUCAUACAUUUCUGGGGUCCUGCUCAUACACAGACCAGUGAAUACCACUCAGAUCAGAAGCUCACAGCUCAGCUGUGCAUCAGGGACAUGGCAUAGCCAUGGAGAGACAAGCCAUUUCCCCAAUAAGCAGAGCAGUGGUAAAUUGUAGGGGAAUUGAACCUUGUCUUUCCUUCACUGACUGAAAUGAUACAUUUAUUUUCUUCUUUACUUGCUCCCCACACUCAAUUGUUUUUUUGUCUUACAGAUUUCCCUGCACUCAACUAUUUUUUUGUCUAACCACUUCGUCCCAUCCCAGGGUAUAACAGCAUAGACAUAUAUAUGUAGCUACAUAUAUAUAUAUAUAUAUAUAUAUACACAGAGAGGGGAAAACCAAUCAAAUCAAUGACCAUUUUAUUAUUCAACUGCCUCGUGUUUUCCAAACAUGAUUUCUUUAAACAAGGAUGUCAUCAAAGAUGUUUUCCUCCAACUCUGUAUUGCGUGUCAUCUUUGCUCUGGGACAGUUUUUUUCUCUUGUUUUAGGUUUCAUUAUUUUGGUUUGAAUUUGACUUCUUUUGUUUUGUGGGGGGAAGAACAAACACAUGCAAUCCUAUUUUUCUGGUAGCUAUACGGUUUAUUAAAACACAUGGUAUACAGCUAC